CUGUGUUGGACAUUUCUUAACAGCAGGGCCACCAGGCAGAGCGGGACAGCCAGGAGGAAGGGCAACUUGGCAGAGCCUCAGGAUGGACCCCUUUGAGGACACGCUGCGGCGACUGCGGGAGGCCUUCCACGCGGGGUGCACACGGCCAGCUGAGUUCCGGGCUGCGCAGCUCCGAGGCCUGGGCCGCUUCCUGCAAGAAAACAAGCAGCUUCUGCACGACGCACUGGCCCAGGACCUGCACAAGUCAGCCUUCGAGUCGGAGGUGUCUGAGGUUGCCAUCAGCCAGGGCGAGGUCACCCUGGCCCUCAGGAACCUCCGGGCCUGGAUGAAGGACGAGCGUGUGCCCAAGAACCUGGCCACGCAGCUGGACUCCGCCUUCAUCCGGAAGGAGCCCUUUGGCCUAGUCCUCAUCAUUGCGCCCUGGAACUAUCCCCUGAACCUGACGUUGGUGCCCCUCGUGGGUGCCCUCGCUGCAGGGAACUGUGUGGUGCUGAAGCCAUCAGAGAUUAGCAAGAACGUCGAGAAGGUCCUGGCCGAGGUGCUGCCCCGAUACCUGGACCAGAGCUGCUUUGCCGUGGUGCUGGGUGGGCCCCAGGAGACGGGGCAGCUGCUGGAACACAGGUUCGACUACAUCUUCUUCACAGGGAGCCCUCGUGUGGGCAAGAUUGUCAUGACCGCUGCCGCCAAGCACCUGACACCUGUCACCCUGGAGCUGGGGGGCAAGAACCCUUGCUACGUGGACGACAACUGCGACCCCCAGACCGUGGCCAACCGCGUGGCCUGGUUCCGCUACUUCAACGCCGGCCAGACCUGCGUGGCCCCCGACUACGUCCUGUGCAGCCCCGAGAUGCAGGAGAGGCUGCUGCCCGCCCUGCAGAGCACCAUCACCCGUUUCUAUGGCGACGACCCCCAGAGCUCCCCAAACCUGGGCCGCAUCAUCAACCAGAAACAGUUCCAGCGGCUGCGGGCGUUGCUGGGCUGCGGCCGCGUGGCCAUUGGGGGCCAGAGCGACGAGAGCGAUCGCUACAUCGCCCCCACGGUGCUGGUGGAUGUGCAGGAGAUGGAGCCUGUGAUGCAGGAGGAGAUCUUCGGGCCCAUCCUGCCCAUCGUGAACGUGCAGAGUGUGGACGAGGCCAUCGAGUUCAUCAACCGGCGGGAGAAGCCCCUGGCCCUAUACGCCUUCUCCAACAGCAGCCAGGUGGUCAAGCGGGUGCUGACCCAGACCAGCAGCGGGGGCUUCUGUGGGAACGACGGCUUCAUGCACAUGACCCUGGCCAGCCUGCCUUUUGGAGGAGUGGGUGCCAGCGGGAUGGGCCGGUACCACGGCAAGUUCUCCUUUGACACCUUCUCCCACCAUCGCGCCUGCCUCCUGCGCAGCCCGGGGAUGGAGAAGCUCAAUGCCCUCCGCUACCCGCCGCAAUCGCCACGCCGCCUGAGGGUGCUGCUGGUGGCCAUGGAGACCCGAGGCUGCAGCUGCACACUGCUCUGAGCCCUUCCCCAGGCCCAGGCCAGAGACCACCAUGACCGCUGUUGCCUGCGGCUGGUGGAGACGGGGCCUGGGCUCCAGGGCCCGAGGAGGAAAAGGAUUGCCAAGGCUCCAGGGCACCCCUCAAAGCAGCACCUGCCUCCUCCCUCCUGGAUCUUCCCUCUCCCUGCCUCAGCCUCCUCCCUCAGCUGCUCCCAACCACGAGAGCUGAGGUGGGAGGCAUGGAAAACAGUGCAGUGACCCACCCCCUGCCCCUGCACCAACCACCCAUGUUCAGGAGAAAAGGACAGACAUGGCGCCUCUGAGUCACCCCUCUCCUGUGGGGCAGGCAUCCGAAGGGCCCUGGCAUCUGACUCAGACCACACCAUGGAAUCACUGCAUCCAAGGCCAUCCCUGCCCUCUCUGAGUCUCAGUUUCUCCAUUUGUUCAGUGGAGAGAAUUAACCAUUGAUACCCCCUGGCUGGGUGCGGUGGCUCACACCUGUAAUCCCAGCACUUUGGGAGGCCGAGGCGGGCAGAUCACCUGAAAUCAGGAGUUCAAGAUCAGCCUGGCCAACAUGACGAAACCCCGUCUCUACUAAAAAUACAAAAAUUAGCCCAGCGUGGUGGCGCAUGCCUGUAAUCCCAGCUACUCAGGAGGCUAAGGCAAGAGAAUCGCUUGAACCCAGGAGGUGGAGGUUGCCGUGAGCUGAGAUCACAUCACUGAACUCCAGCCUGGGUGACAGAAUGAGGCUCUGCCUUUAAACAAAAACAAAAACAAAAACAAACAAAAAUAAACCUCCUGGGACUGUUGCAAGGAUGAGAUGAGGGAUUGAGGGAUUGAGGGAUUGAGGGAUUGGGGGAUUGCUGAGCUGGAGCUCCAGGUGUCCUAUCUUUUCUCGGUGGGUGGCACGGAGCGAGGCCACCUCCCUCUUCUCUCCAGCCAGGUGGGGCUGUAGUUAUGCGAUAGGGUCUCCCUUCCCUCCAGACCAUGCCAGAGGAGCUUGGAACUCUUUAUCCUCACGGUGCCCACUACGAGUCAUACUCUUCCCCAUCCUGCUCAUCCUCCUGGGCCCCAUCCACUCAGCCAAAGCAGAAUACAGGGUUUCCUGUCUGACAACCCUUCUCACCUCCCAAGUCCCACUUUUGAACAAGUUGAUGAUUCUGAAACCGGUCCAAUUUCCUAACAAGCCAGAUGCUUGAGAAACCUACAUUUGGACAAUGACAGGCAGCUCCUGCAGCCUGCGGGCCACCUCCUCUUCCUUGGCUCCUGCUUUCUUUUCAGACUAUAUCAACCUACAACUUUAGUCGGGGAGGGGGAAAGGGGUGGACCUGAGUUUCGUCUUCUGUCUCUCUGGCUGAUGUCACCUGAAUAAAGCCUUCUUCCCUGGCAA